GAAGUUGACAUUUUCAAUGGGUUCGGAAUAGGCGAACGGGAAAGCAGGCGACGACACCAACAAAUAACAACGAAUGACUAAAACAAACCCAACUUCAUCGUCAUCACUCCCUUAAUCUCCACACUCUGGAAGAACCAAAUUGCGAAAAUGGGAUUGAUUACGGUGGUGAAGGAGUUGUGGAGGGCUUUCUUUUUCCUUUGCUCACUACAAUUCUGGAGAAUGGCGUUGCUCUGGACUUUCUCUAUUCUUUAUUCUUAUUACCAAUUGUUCAAAGAUUCCUUAUCCCAUUCCCAGUAUUUCAAACCUCUAAUUCCUGAGAAAUGUUCCCUCUUCUCUCAGAAACUCGUGUCCUAUCCCAGGUGCUCCCCUUUCACAACUACUUUUAGGCCUGUCUGCGUCAUCACUGGUGCAACGUCUGGUCUGGGAUUAGCUGCUGCCUAUGAACUUUCCAAGGAAGGAUAUGUUGUUGUGCUUGUUGGACGUUCACAGCAAUUAUUGUCCGAGACCAUAACAAAAAUCAAAGAUCGGAAUGAACAUGCCCACCUCGAAGCUUUUCAGGUUGACCUGUCAUCAAUUGAGUCAGUCGUAAAGUUCAAAACAUCCUUGCAACAGUGGUUUUUGGAUUCUGAUUUGCACUGCUCCAUACAAAUACUGAUAAACAAUGCUGGAAUACUUGCAACAUCACCUAGAGUCACCCCUGAGGGCUAUGAUCAGAUGAUUGGUACAAAUUAUAUUGGUGCAUUUGCUUUAACAAAGCUUCUACUGCCACUUCUUGAAAGCAGCCCUGUAUCCUCCAAAAUUGUGAAUGUAACAUCCUUUACACAUCGAGCUGUUACUGAUGUGCAGGUUGAUGAGGGAACUGUAUCCGGGGAGAGAUUUUUUAGAUCAAUACAAUAUCCAUGUGCUCACAUCUAUGAGUAUUCUAAAUUAUGCCUCAUUCUCUUCUCUUAUGAGCUCCACCGACAGCUUUGCCUAAUGGGAAAAUCUCACCAGAUAUUUGUCACUGUUGCGGAUCCUGGAGUUGUGCAGACAAACCUCAUGCGAGAAAUUCCAGCAAUCCUAUCUUGGUUAGCAAUCUAUGUGUUGAAGCGUCUACGGCUGUUGCAAUCCCCUGAGUGUGGGGUUGACUCUAUUGUUGAUGCUGCUCUAGCUCCACCAGGAACAUCAGGAGCUUACUUUUUUGGGGGUAAUGGUAGGACUAUCAACCCUUCAACACUUUCGCGAAAUGCCAAAUUAGCACGUGAACUUUGGGAGAGUACAAGUAAACUGCUAUCUGUAACCCCUUUUGGUGCUGAGGGUAACAGCUGGUAGCAUUGGUUCGCAUGUCACGUCGCAUAACAAAGUGAAUAAGUGCUGUUGCCCGUGUAGAUUGACAAAUGACAACCCAUUCUUCAUAUGAAGUUCUGAGGUUUAUAGUGUAAGAGUUGUUUAAAGAAAGUACACUAUAAUCAUUCAUGUACCUUCACUUAGUGAUGGCCAGCAAUCAUGAUAUCUUUUAGCAUUACCACCAUACACUUGUUGCCUUGUAGCAUUGUUCAUACUUCAUAAUUCAUUUUCUGAUAUUGUACUUAAUUAAUGUGCUAACUAAUUCACUACGAUAAUGCUAGGGUUAAGUUUCUAAUUA